GUUGGCAACUUUGAUUUUCAGCUGAUUCACCAAAAAAGUAUUUUUUAUGUCAAGAAGUGUCACAGGGAAUUUCCUCUAGAAUCUGCCCGGUUGCUCGCUUGUUCUUUAAAUAUUGCUCAUGAACAGAAGAAGCUCAAUACCAUGAACGCUGAGCAGGCUUAAACUGUGGGGACAACCAUUAUCUCAAGAGAAACAAUAAAAGGAGAGGAGAGCUGAUUUCCUUAUCGCAAUAAUGGGGGAGGAAUGCGAGUUGCGGCACUUGAUGCUCUCAACCGAGGCUGACGAAGAAGACUCUCCAGACAGAGAAGAGCAGCCGUCGCCUCCACCAGUGGUUCCGCCAGCCAGAAUGAAAAGCAAGUCGUCCAACAACAGCUCUGCUAAAGAAGGGCCGUCGAGGGAAAGUAGGAGUCAAACACCGUUGACAACAAAAGUGGUUUACGUCAAUGAGAAGACUGACAGCAGAGAGAGAAAUCUUGACGCAAGACAGGGCUCGGUCAAAUCUGUCGCCAGAAUGCACAAGCCAAGAAAGGUUGGUAAUGUGGUGAGACCUCUGCAGCACCACUCUUUUCUCUCAGAUGUUGCGGACGUGAGAGGUAUGGAAAAGGCUCUGCUGAAACUUUUGGAAGACUUUCACUCGGGACAAUUGAGAGCGUUUGGCCAGGACUGCAGCAUGGAGCAGAUGGAGGAGAUCCGAGAGCAGCAAGAGCGUCUGGCCAGAAUGCAUUUUGACCUUGGGGCUCAGCAAGAGCUGUACGCCCCCUUGAGCGACGAAGGCCUCAGGGCCGGACAAGAGAACCUAGACCGAUUAAUGGGAGCGCUUGAACAACUCAGUUUGUCUAUUGAACGGCUCCAUUUGAAUGAGCAGGACGGUCUAGUUUUCACAGAUUAGUCACAUAAAAAAUCACAAUCUUGUUUUUAGUUAAGGAGUCUUGCUCUCUUUUUAAUAUAUUCCUGUGUUUAAUAAAUUUUGUAUGAUUUUGUGAAAUAAAGUUCCUUAUUCAGAAUAAAAA